GUCUAUUCCCCUGACUGUAGUCCGAGACAACUAAGGGCUUCCAAGUGAGGUACGAUGGUGAACUAGACAACCUGAAGGAGUGACGAUGACAUUGCGGUGGCCAGACAGCGAAUACCGGUCAACGGGGUCUCUCUGGACAAGAAGAGACUGUGAGAUCAUUCAUCUGUACUCUGGACAGCUACUCCUCAUGACGAGACUGCAGGAACUGUGGUUUUUGUGUUUGACUUGUGAGUCAAGCAGUUGGGAGUCGAGGGAUUUCAGUCAGGCUCACAGCCGCAUUACAGCCUGUAAUGGACAUAAGGUUCUCAAAAGCCUCACUUUCUUAAUCACUAUCCAUUGUAAUCAAUUUACAGUUAAAGAGAGAUCUCCUGAUCCGCAGGAUAAGAGAAAGCCACUUGGACCAACUGUACACCUAUUAUACUGUUAUGUUGCAAGAUGUAAUUGGAAAGACUUUCCGACUUCUGGGGUAUACUAUUCAGUAUGGGUGCAUAGCCCACUGUGUUUUUGAAUAUCUUGGAGGAAUUGUGGUGUGUUCAGGACCUUCAAUGGAGCCUACAAUUCAAAAUUCUGAUAUUGUAUUUUCAGAGAAUCUUAGCAGCCACUUUUAUCGUAUUCAGAAAGGUGAUAUUGUCAUUGCAAAAAACCCAGCCGACCCCAAAACAAAUAUUUGUAAAAGAGUAAUGGGCCUGGAAGGAGAAAAAGUCUGUACAAGCAAUCCCUCAGAUUUCCUAAAGACCCACAGUUAUGUACCUAAAGGACAUGUUUGGUUAGAAGGUGAUAAUCUCAGGAAUUCUACAGAUUCCAGGUGUUAUGGUCCUGUUCCAUAUGGAUUGAUAAGAGGACGGAUUUGCUUUAAGCUUUGGCCUUUGACUGAUUUUGGAUUUCUGCGUUCAAGUCCCAACAGUCACAGGAUUUAUAAAGACUAAUUGCUUUAUGUUGUCAUCUCUGUUUUUUUUAACCUUUCAAAAUGUGAUUUAUAUUUUUAUAGUCAAUAAAUGAUGUAUCAUGG